GAUAAAAGCCCCCAAAUCUCAAAGCUUUCCUUUGCCCACGCCCUCAUUUGCUCCCCUCCACCAUUUCUUCUGUUCGAUCGCCGCCGGCGAUCCCCGAAACCCUAACCCUAGCUCGAGAGGAAAGGCAGGUCCGGCGAAGAUGAGGGAGAUCCUCCAUAUCCAGGGAGGCCAAUGUGGCAACCAGAUCGGGGCCAAGUUCUGGGAGGUGAUUUGCGACGAGCACGGGAUCGACCACACCGGGAAGUAUUCCGGCGAUUCCGACCUCCAGCUCGAGCGGAUCAACGUCUAUUACAAUGAGGCCAGCGGCUGUCGCUACGUCCCGCGGGCGGUGCUCAUGGAUCUGGAGCCAGGGACCAUGGAUUCCGUGAGAUCCGGGCCAUUCGGCCAGAUCUUCCGCCCGGAUAACUUUGUCUUUGGGCAGUCCGGGGCUGGGAACAACUGGGCCAAAGGCCACUACACCGAGGGCGCGGAGCUCAUCGACUCGGUUCUUGAUGUGGUGCGGAAGGAGGCAGAGAAUUGCGAUUGCUUGCAAGGGCAGUUUAAGGAUUUUGUAUUUGUGAUUGUAAGAUUUUUUGUUAUUGCUCACCUUUUUGUGCGGUUGUACAGGAUUCCAAGUUGCCACUCUUUGGGAGGAGGAACUGGAUCCGGCAUGGGAACUCUUCUCAUCUCUAAGAUCAGGGAGGAGUAUCCAGAUCGCAUGAUGUUAACAUUCUCUGUUUUUCCAUCUCCAAAGGUGUCUGACACUGUUGUGGAGCCAUACAAUGCCACUCUAUCCGUUCAUCAGCUUGUUGAGAAUGCCGAUGAAUGUAUGGUUCUUGACAAUGAAGCUCUCUACGAUAUCUGCUUCCGCACCCUAAAGCUUGCAACCCCUACCUUUGGUGAUCUUAAUCACCUAAUUUCUGCCACGAUGAGCGGUGUCACAUGUUGUCUCCGGUUCCCUGGUCAGCUGAACUCUGACCUCAGGAAGCUUGCAGUCAACCUGAUUCCCUUCCCCCGGCUUCACUUCUUCAUGGUUGGCUUUGCUCCUCUUACCUCAAGGGGUUCCCAGCAGUACAGGGCGCUCACUGUGCCUGAGCUCACCCAACAGAUGUGGGAUGCCAAGAACAUGAUGUGUGCUGCCGACCCCCGGCAUGGCCGCUACCUCACUGCUUCUGCCAUGUUCCGUGGGAAGAUGAGCACAAAGGAAGUAGAUGAACAGAUGAUUAACGUCCAAAACAAAAACUCUUCCUACUUUGUUGAGUGGAUCCCAAACAAUGUCAAGUCCAGCGUGUGUGACAUCCCUCCGAAGGGGCUAAAGAUGGCAUCUACCUUUAUUGGUAACUCAACCUCCAUUCAGGAGAUGUUCCGGAGGGUCAGCGAGCAGUUCACAGCCAUGUUCAGGAGGAAGGCUUUCUUGCACUGGUACACAGGUGAAGGAAUGGAUGAGAUGGAGUUCACCGAGGCUGAGAGCAACAUGAAUGAUCUGGUGGCAGAGGACCAGCAGUACCAGGAUGCAACAGCAGAUGAGGAAGAGUACGAGGAAGAGGAUGAGGAGAUUGAAGCCUGAGGUACAUUCCCCCUGUGACCAAGAUUUUCCGUAUCCUGCUGCUGUGAGAGGGGUCGCUUCCUUCAAUAUUAGACAUGUUUGUGAUGUUCGGAGCAAUGAGUGGUUGUGAUUGUUUAGAAUGUCAAGCAAGGGUGAUGGAAUGAACGUUAUGGAUUCUCUCCUUGAUUUGGCUGCCAUUAGCUGUUUAGGCUCCGGUGAUUUUGUUUUAUCGACAUCGGUGCUUUUGCUGGGCUUCUUACCGAAUGGUAAAAGAUGAAGACUGGUUAUAGUUUGAUUUCGAAGGUUGUGAGGGAGAGAGAUUCAUAGGGUGUCCGUGCAAGGAUAUUUUGUUGUUUGGAGGGCGCAGGCUUCGUCAUGGUCGCUAAAUUUAUCUACUCUCUUGCACUUGCCCUAAGCAAAAUGGGGUUUAGAACGGGUCUGGAUGUCAUUCUUUAUGGCAGCUUCUUGCCGUGCUGGCGCUUGGUGCGCCCGUGCGCUUUUCAUUCGCGAAGCCCAAACCUUUGCAUGCGAACUGGACCUUGCCUUAUAUUUCCAGAAAUGGGUUUGCCACGUCUCCUUCCCAGUCUCUCGCCCGUAUCUCUUGGAAGUCUUGUGAUCAUUUUAUUUUUUGGAGGAAAGGAGUGAGACAAAUUUUCGGUGGAAAACUUCAGGGUUUGGAUCGUUUCUAUUUCAAAAUUCUUCCAUUUUUUUUGUCCAGUCCAAGAACCCAUUCCUCAUUCAGGUUGGUUCCACAUCAGUUAUAAGCAGUCUGCAAAUGAAACGGAAAUCGUUAUCUGGUAUA